CAGCAAAACAAUAAUUUGGAGAAGCAUUAACGUUAGUUUUUUUUUCUUUAAUGCAAAACUCUUGUAGUUUAUUUAUUAGUAAGUGAAAAAUCAACAAAUUCGCGAUUAACGUGACGCCAAGAAUAACUCACUGCAGGAGCCGACUGAGAGUUAAUCUAAUCUGGCGAGAAUCGAGAAUUUUUCGUUUAGCCGGCAGCUAAUAGAAUCGAAUCAGUCUGAAGCUGGUCAGAGACGCCACUGGACGUGUCCAUUUAAUUAAAUAAUUAACACACACACACAACAUGGUGGCUCAAUCGAAACUUAGCCAAGUGUUCAGCUAUCAAAACUGGGUGCAUGCCGUCUCUGGAGCAGCGGGCGGCUGCAUAGCGAUGAGCACAUUCUACCCCCUGGAUACAGUACGAUCACGUUUACAAUUGGAAGAGAGCGGCGAAGUGCGCAGCACACGACAAGUUAUAAAGGAGAUUGUGCUGGGCGAAGGAUUCCAAUCACUGUAUCGCGGACUUGGUCCAGUGCUCCAGAGCUUGUGCAUUUCGAAUUUUGUUUAUUUCUACACAUUCCAUGCCCUCAAGCUGGUCGCUUCGAAUGGCGUCAAAGGACAACAGAGCGCCUUGAAGGAUCUGCUGCUAGGCAGCAUUGCGGGCAUCAUCAAUGUGUUCACCACCACACCCUUUUGGGUGGUCAACACGCGGUUGCGCAUGCGCAAUGUCGCAGGCACUUCGGAUGAGGUGAACAAGCACUACAAGAAUCUGCUGCAGGGCCUCAAGUAUGUGGCCAAAACCGAAGGCAUUGCCGGUCUUUGGGCAGGCACAAUUCCAUCGCUGAUGCUCGUCUCGAAUCCGGCUUUGCAGUUCAUGAUGUAUGAGCUACUGAAGAGGAAUAUAAUGACAUUCACAGGCGGUGAAAUUGGCAGCUUGGGCUUCUUUGUCAUUGGUGCCAUUGCCAAAGCAUUUGCCACCGUGUUGACUUAUCCACUGCAGCUGGUGCAGACGAAGCAACGCCAUCGCACCAACGAUUCAACAAAUACACCCUCGACUUCACAGCAGGCGAGCAAGAGCAAGACGCCCAGCAUGCUGGAGCUGAUGGUCAGCAUAUUGCAGCAUCAAGGUAUCGCUGGACUCUUCCGUGGAUUAGAGGCGAAGAUCCUGCAGACUGUCUUGACAGCGGCGUUGAUGUUUAUGGCCUACGAGAAGAUUGCGGGUACAGUGAAGCUGCUGCUAAAGCGCGGCGCUUGAGAGACGAGG